AUGGAAAAUAAUAGUUAUCCAUAUGAUGAAUUAUUAGUAAAUAAAGAUGUAGAUAGCGAUUAUUGUUGCCCAUUGUGCACAUUACUAUUAUCAGUUAAUUUACAAUGCCGAGAAGGCCAUGUAUUUUGUGUAUCAUGCUGGAAUAAACAAUUAGAAAAUAAAAAAGAAUGUGUUAUGUGUAGAUGCGAAGUUAAGUCAAUCGCCUGUUUAAGCAAAAAUAGAUUCUUAGAAAAAGAAAUUAGAAAAUUAAAUAUUUAUUGUCCAAAUCGAUUUUUAAAAGAUAAAGAUUGUAAUGAUUGUUUAAUCGAAGAUGAAAAUGGAUGUAAAUCAAUAAUAACGAUCGAUCAAAUAGAUAGUCAUUUAAAGAGUUGUUUAUAUAACUAUGUAAAUUGUAGUAAUCCAGGAUGUGGUGAAGAGCAUAGAGCCAACACAGUUGGUGAACAUGAAAAAGUAUGUAAAUAUCAAAUAGUAUCCUGUUUACUUUGCAACGAUAAUAAUAUACAAAGAAAAGAUUUAAAAUAUCAUUACGAUUGCAUUUGUUCCAAAACCAAAACCCAUUGUAAAUGUUGCUCAACUUUAAUUGAACGAGGUCAGUUACCACAGCACAUGGCUGAGGAAUGUGGGAAUGUUUUAAUACCCUGUCGUUAUAAAGAUGGAGGAUGUGAUAAAUAUAUACCCAGAUGCGAAUUAAGUAAGCAUUUAAUAGAAGAGGAUAAUCAUCAUAAAUAUAUAUUAAAUAUAAUAGAGCAACAUAAGAGUCGAAUGGAUCAAUUGGCUUCAAGUAUCAAUUCAAUGAAAUUAAAUUUUGAAAAUCAGAAUCGAUAUUCAGGCAAAUGGAUCAUUUCAAAUUGGAGCGAAAAAUUGCAACAGUUCCCAGCUAAAAAAUUUUUACCCCUCAGUUUUAAUUUAUCACCCAUGAAACCAUUUUCAAUAAGAUUAUAUCCAAAUGGCACAAAUGCAAUGUGGGGAAAUAUAACUAUUAGUUUAGUCAAAGAGUUUAUAAUAGAAUCAAAAAUUAAAUUCUCAUUCGAAAUUGAAAACGUGGAUCUCUCAAAAUCUGAAGAACAAGUUAAAGUAGAUACAUUUAAAUGUUUAAAUGAUUCGUGGUCGCUACAAUUUUUUGGGACCUAUGAUUCAAAUAAUGGCUUUAUUCGAGAUAACUCAAUAACUAUUAAUUUCACUAUAAUAGUUGAAAAAUGUUAUGAAAAUUGCUUUAUAACCGAAUAA